UCACCAGCUUAAUUGUGGUGUCGGGAAGAAAUGACCGGCGCACCAUUAAAGUAUUGGGUUAAAAUUAAAUAACGCGUGAACCUGUCUGAAUGAUAAAAUCUCAUCUCUGAAAUGACCGAGGAGGGCGGUAAGACCCAAGGCAUGAAAGUCUUGGGCAUCCUGGACAUCCACAACACACCCUGCGCUCGGGAAGCUAUUCUGCAUGGAGCGGCAGGUUCAGUCGCCGUAGGAUUACUGCACUUUCUGGCAACCAGUCGAGUAAAGAGGUCUUUUGAUGUGGGUGUUGCAGGAUUCAUGAUCACAACACUGGGCUCAUGGUUCUACUGCAGAUAUAAUAAUGCCAAGCUGCGGUUUCAGCAGAGAAUCAUUCAAGAGGGCUUAAAGAAUAAAGUCUUUUAUGAAGGCACGGAUUUGGAUCCCACACUGAAGAAGACGGGGGAUAAGUAAAUGUCACCAAAAUAAUGCCAUUAAUAUAAUUGCUGCUUUAUUUAUUGUGUAAUUAAAUGUCAGAUGUUUGUAAUAAAAUCAUUUCUUAAUGACA